UCUCCUAAGCGUCCUCAGUGACCCCAACUGGGAUUUAGCCUGGUGCAGUGUCAGCUCUGGGCUCCCAGGGGCUCCCCAGUGGUCCCCAGGCACCCUUGGCACGGCCAGGGCAUCUCCCUCGUCCAGCAAGGGCAGGGGCGGGCCACAGGCCAAGGGGAGCAGUCAGGCCUGCUCUGGCUGUGAGUGCCGCAGGCUUGGCCUCGGCCAAUGGGCCCUCACGCCUGAGGCGGGCAGGAAGCCAGCUCCGGGAUGGAUUUCGGGUCCCUGGAGACUGUGGUGGCCAACUCUGCGUUCAUCGCCGCCCGAGGCAGCUUUGACGGGAGCAGCUCCCAGUCCUCCCGGGACAAGAAGUACCUGGCCAAGCUCAAGCUGCCCCCGCUGUCCAAGUGUGAGUCCCUCCGCAGCAGCCUCAGCCUGGAGUUCGAGAGCGUGUGCGUGCAGCAGCCCAUCGGCAAGAAGCUCUUCUGGCAGUUCCUGCAGUCGGGGGAGAAGCACCUGCCGGCCCUGGAGCUCUGGAAAGACAUCGAGGACUACGACACAGUGGACAACGACCUCCGGCCGCAGAAGGCCAAGACCAUACUGGCCCAGUACCUGGACCCUCAGGCCAAGCUCUUCUGCAGCUUCCUGGAUGAGGGGUCGGUGACCAAGUGUAAGGAAGGGUCUGUGGAGAGCCAAGACAGGCUCUUCCAGCCUGUGCUACAGGCCACCCUGGCACACCUGAGCCAAGCCCCCUUCCAGGAGUACCUGGACAGCCUGCACUUCCUGAGGUUCCUGCAGUGGAAGUGGCUGGAAGCCCAGCCCAUGGGGGAGGACUGGUUCCUGGACUUCAGGGUCCUGGGGAAAGGCGGCUUCGGGGAGGUGUCGGCCUGCCAGAUGAAGGCCACCGGCAAGCUGUACGCCUGCAAGAAGCUGAACAAAAAGCGGCUGAAGAAGAGGAAGGGCUACCAGGGUGCUAUGGUGGAGAAGAAGAUUCUGAUGAAGGUGCACAACAGGUUCAUCGUGUCUCUGGCAUACGCAUUUGAAACCAAAGCCGACCUCUGUCUAGUGAUGACCAUCAUGAACGGAGGCGACCUCAGGUACCACAUCUACAAUGUGAACGAGGAGAACCCUGGCUUCCCCGAGCCGCGCGCCAUCUUCUACACGGGACAGAUCAUCUGUGGCCUGGAGCAUCUGCACCAGCGGAGGAUCGUCUACCGUGACCUCAAGCCCGAGAACGUCCUGCUGGACAACGACGGCAAUGUCCGGAUCUCUGACCUUGGGCUGGCCGUGGAGCUGCUGGAGGGGCAGAGCAAGACCAAGGGCUAUGCAGGGACCCCAGGUUUCAUGGCCCCCGAGCUCCUGCGGGGUGAGGAGUACGACUUCUCCGUGGACUACUUUGCCCUGGGGGUCACCUUGUAUGAGAUGAUUGCAGCCAGAGGACCCUUCCGAGCGCGUGGAGAGAAGGUGGAGAACAAGGAGCUGAAACAGCGGAUCCUCGAGGAACCUGUGAAGUACCCUGACAAGUUCAGCCAGGCCAGCAAGGACUUCUGCCAGGCGUUGCUAGAGAAGGACCCGGAGAAGCGCCUGGGGUUCCAAGACGAGACCUGCGACAGGCUCCGUGCCCACCCCCUCUUUAAGGACAUUAACUGGAGGCAGCUGGAGGCCGGGAUGCUGAUACCCCCUUUCAUCCCAGACUCCAAAACCGUCUACGCAAAGGACAUUCAGGACGUGGGUGCCUUUUCCACCGUCAAAGGUGUGGCCUUUGACAAAACAGACACAGAGUUCUUUCAGGAAUUUGCCACUGGCAACUGCCCCAUCCCUUGGCAGGAGGAGAUGAUUGAGACGGGCAUCUUCGGUGAGCUGAACGUGUGGCGCUCGGACGGUCAGAUGCCAGAUGACAUGAAGGGCAUCUCCAGGGACUCCAGCUCCUCCUCCAAGUCAGGGAUGUGUCUGGUUUCCUAGGCGACGCUCCAGAGCCCACGUGGAGGAAAAGGACCCGCAGGGCUCGGUGGGGGCUGCCUGCCUCCGUGGUGCCAGCCUGGGGUCUGCCAGCGAGGGGACACGCAGCUCCACCCAGGUCCCCAUCAUGCUGGCUCCUUGCCGCCCAAGGAGGAGAAAGUGUGAAUCAGCUUGCAAAGCCACCCGACGCCCACCCUGGUGCUGUGAGCCCCGGAAUGAAUAGUCCACUCAUUCUGCUCCAUUUUACUAACAAGACCUAAGCUGCUCUCCAGAAUAAAUAAGCCAAAAAUCUGCAAACUCUCAGGGAGCCUCCAGCACCAGUGAGCGAACGACCGUGCGGUCAGGACGGAGACUUGGCUUGGGCCUCCCAAGACCUUUGCCAUCGGCUUCCCAGAGGGAGCCAUGUUCCUCAGCAGGAGGUGUGCUGUGGCCAGGUCAGGGGUUGGUGACCCCUGGCUGCAGCCCCGAGCCCCACUGGGGAGGGGCAGACCGCAGCCUCCGCCGGGUCUCUCUGUGCAGGCUCCUGCCCUCAGGGUGAGAAGUACAACUUCCCACAGAUCCCAAGUCGGCCAUGCUGUUGGGUGAGGAGCGUGUCUUCCCACAGAUACCAGGUCAGCCGCACCCCAGGGUUAGGAGGACAUCUCCCACAGAUGCCAGCAGAGCUCCAAGUGGGCUGGUUUUGUGGAGACUUUGAUGUGUCCUGUGGAGGCGCCUCCUGCGCCUGGAGACUGUCCUUGGGAAGCAAACCUCGACUGCACGAUAAACCUGGCCUCUGAGCGUCUGAUGUUUCUGAGACCUGGGUGUUCGGGAGGAGCGGUGGCGUGACUGGUGCUUCUUGACCUAAAUCUGUCCAUCCAGGUGCACCUGAGCAGGCCCGGGGGAGGCCCGUGGGAGGCCCGUGGGAAUGGGUUUCUGUGCCUGCUCUUUCCCCUUCCUGUUUUGUUUUCCUUUUUUAUUUUGAGAUGGAGUCUUGCUCUGUCACCCAGGCUGGAAGGCAGUGAUGUGAUCUCAGCUCACUGCAACCUCUGCCUUCUAGAUUCAAGCGAUUCUCCUGCCUCAGCCUCCCAAGUAGCUGGGAUUACAGGUGCACGCCACCAUGCCCUGCUAAUUUUUGUAUUUUUAGUAGAGACAGGGUUUCACCAUGUUGGCCAGGCUGGUCUUGAACUCCUGACCUCAGGUGAUCCAUCUGCCUCAGCCUCCCAAAGUGCUAGAAUUACAGGCAUGAGCCACUAUGCCCAGUCCUCCUGUUUCGUUUUCUAGAAGGUUAUACAUUGAUUAGGUAAUGGUUAUAAAUCUCACUUCACUACACUCUGGAA